UCCCGUCCCCUGAUUCUCCUCGCCACUGCUCCGCGCUCCGGUCGAUCUCGCCGCCCUGACUCGCCGCCUAGCUCCGUGCCUCGCCGGCGACUCUGCCGCCGAGCCCCUGCCCGGUGCCACCGCGCCAAGCCGGCAGCCCACAGCCGCCCAGUCCGCACUCGGCAGUCAGCGUCCGGCAGCCGGCGUUGUGCAGCUGCAGCAGCCAGCAGCCAGCCGCCCAGCCCGAUUUAAGGGUGGACGCACCCUGUUUCAAAAUCCUAGAUCCGCCACUGGAGAGGAGAUUGGUUUCAGGAGAGCAUAAAACAACAAGACCAAGAGAGGCCGCGAAUGGAACAGGAAGAAGAAGCAGCAGCAGCGCAAGCGGAAGGGGAUCUCCUCCGCGACUUUGAGCGAAUCCUCCAUGACGACCCCCUCAUAGACGAGGUCGGGUUCCUGCAUCCCACGCAGUUCCACUCACUACUCGUAGACAGCACCAACAAAUCCACAUCCCAAUACUUCUGGUGCGCAGACCACAAGCUCGCCAUCUCCUCCAACAUCCUACCCGACCUCUACCGCGCCGCUCGCCGCGCACACUCCAACGCGACACUUAAUCCCUCAUCAUCACCAUCUGCAUCCGCUGCUGCCUUGAUCAUGACGCAUAGCAAGGCGCUGCUCAUACUCUGCCCUGACUUGCUCACCGCAUGGAACUCCAGGAAGAUGGUGCUGUCCACUAAUUUUAAUAUCUCACACCUCAAGGAUGAGCUGCGAUUGUGUGCCUUGAUCCUCUCCUAUUCGCCAAAGAAUGAAAGCACCUGGAGCCACAGGAGAUGGGUGAUCAAAAAACUUGCACAACAGCUUCAGCAUAUACCGGAGCUUAUAGACAAGGAAUCUCUACUCGUAGAAGACAUAGCAGAGAAAUCAAAGAUGAACUACCGCGCUUGGAGGCAUCGAUGCUGGCUUAUUCCUUACAUGAAAACAGAACAGGUGCUAGAUGAGUUGAACAAGUCAAAGAAAUGGGCUGAGUUGCAUGUUGCUGACAACUGCUGCUUUCACUACCGCGGGUCCCUGCUGCUUGCAUUACUAGAUGGUGCAGCAAACGGAGAAGAUUCCCUUAUUUGCCAGUCAGAAGCUUAUCUAAUGUGGAAGGAGGAACUGAGGUGGAACGAGACGCUCAUCAGACGGUACCAAGGGAGAGAGUCGUUGUGGAACCAUCGCCGGUUCCUCUCACAGUGGUGGGUACAACACUUGCUCAGCUGCGAGGAAACCAGCCCGUCAAAUGAGUCCCAGGCAGACCUCUUCCUAUCCCAAGAGAUACACCUCCUGUCAGACUGCCUGGCUGCUCCUGGAGAUGAGUUUGGCGAAACCCACGUUCAGGCGGAGCUUGCAGCGCUCUACAUUCUUUGGAUAUCAAAGCAAGAUGCGGCGGUGAAAGGGAAGGUGGAAGAGAGGUUGAAGUCGGUGGGAAGCCUGAAGGAGGUGUUGGCAAGGGCCUGCCCGGAGAAGAGCAGACUGUGGACACAUUUGCUUUACUGCUGAGUGCUGACCUGCAGAUGCUGCUGUGUUUGUGCGUUUUUUUUACAGUUGCUGUAUUAUUUGUCAGUGUUAGAUCGUUGAGCUUUGCGGCUCUGGUUACUCGUGCCUAUACAUUAGAGAUAAACUAGCAAUAAUUAAUUGGGACAGAAACAGCACUUCAUCUUCAUGGUAUCCCAGAUAGGGGUACUUAAUUUGUUCCUGUAGUGUUCUUGCCGUUGUGUUGUUAAUAUAGCUCUAGGAUAUUGAUGUUCUUAGGGUUGCCGCUGAGACAUACUGAACCUUGUUUUGUAUGCCAUGGCCUGGAAUCAAAUUAACUUUUGAUGAGUAGUUAAAGGCUGCUUCUGGUUGCA